UAUCGAAUGCUUCUGUGUGCCCGGGAUGUACCAGGAUAUACGUUCAGUGAAUUGUGACCCUUCUGGACCGCUGGAUUACACCGAUUUUGAAGGCCUCUGCAGCACUGAAGCCCUAGACGUGCGCCUGAUAAAAAAUCUGCCACUAGAAAAUCUGCGACUGUGCUGUUUCUCGCCGACAUGCAUCGAAAAAUCUCAUUUCCAGACCACGACGAACCCAUGCGGUAAUAGGAGAAGGCGUCCAUUCGACAAUAUCUUCUUGCGAAGCGCUCGUGGGCAGCUGGAGCAUCGCGCCGAAUUGGUGGUCCCACGCCGUACGAAAGCUGAGCACAGCGGAUGAGGCAAACGGAAAUCCGGACUACGAGAACUU